AUGACCAGCAGCAUGACCAGCAGUAAGACCAGCAGCAUGACCAGCAGUAAGACCAGCAGCAUGACCAGCAGUAAGACCAGCAGCAUGACCAGCAGUAAGACCAGCAGUAAGACCAGCAGCAUGACCAGCAGCAUGACCAGCAGUAAGACCAGCAGUAAGACCAGCAGCAUGACCAGCAGCAUGACCAGCAGUAAGACCAGCAGCAUGACCAGCAGUAAGACCAGCAGUAAGACCAGCAGCAUGACCAGCAGCAUGACCAGCAGCAUGACCAGCAGUAAGACCAGCAGCAUGACCAGCAGUAAGACCAGCAGCAUGACCAGCAGCAUGACCAGCAGCAUGACCAGCAGUAAGACCAGCAGCAUGACCAGCAGCAUGACCAGCAGCAUGACCAGCAGUAAGACCAGCAGCAUGACCAGCAGUAAGACCAGCAGCAUGACCAGCAGCAUGACCAGCAGCAUGACCAGCAGUAAGACCAGCAGCAUGACCAGCAGUAAGACCAGCAGCAUGACCAGCAGCAUGACCAGCAGCAUGACCAGCAGUAAGACCAGCAGCAUGACCAGCAGUAAGACAAGUAGUAAGACCAGCAGCAUGACCAGCAGCAUGACCAGCAGCAUGACCAGCAGUAAGACCAGCAGCAUGACCAGCAGUAAGACAAGUAGUAAGACCAGCAGAUGGAGCAGCAGUCUAUUGGCUGAGAGGAGCAGCAGUCUACUGGCUGAGAGGAGCAGCAGUCUACUGGCUGAGAGGAGCAGCAGUCUACUGGCUGAGAGGAGCAGCAGCCCACUGGCUGAGAGGAGCAGCAGUCUACUGGCUGAGAGGAGCAGCAGUCUACUGGCUGAGAGGAGCAGCAGUCUACUGGCUGAGAGGAGCAGCAGUCUACUGGCUGAGAGGAGGAGCAGUCUACUGGCUGAGAGGAGGAGCAGUCUACUGGCUGAGAGGAGCAGCAGCCCACUGGCUGAGAGAAGCAGCAGUCCCCUGGCUGAGAGGAGCAGCAGUCUACUGGCUGAGAGGAGCAGCAGCCCACUGGCUGAGAGGAGCAGCAGUCCCCUGGCUGAGAGGAGCAGCAGUCUACUGGCUGAGAGGAGCAGCAGUCUACUGGCUGAGAGGAGUAGCAACUCACUUGCUGAGAGGAGCAGCAGUCCCAUGGCUGAGAGGAGCAGCAGUCUACUGGCUGAGAGGAGCAGCAGUCUACUGGCUGAGAGGAGCAGCAGUCUACUGGCUGAGAGGAGCAGCAGCCCACUGGCUGAGAGGAGCAGCAGUCUACUGGCUGAGAGGAGCAGCAGUCUACUGGCUGAGAGGAGCAGCAGUUUACUGGCUGAGAGGAGCAGCAGCCCACUGGCUGAGAGGAGCAGCAGUCUGCUGGCUGAGUUGAGCAGCAGUCCCCUGGCUGAGAGGAGCAGCAGUCUGCUGGCUGAGAGGAGCAGCAGCCUACUGGCUGAGAGGAGCAGCAGUCUACUGGCUGAGAGGAGCAGCAGUCUACUGGCUGAGAGGAGCAGCAGUCUACUGGCUGAGAGGAGCAGCAGCCCACUGGCUGAGAGGAGCAGCAGCCCACUGGCUGAGAGGAGCAGCAGUCUACUGGCUGAGAGGAGCAGCAGUCCCCUGGCUGAGAGGAGCAGCAGUCCCCUGGCUGAGAGAAGCAGCAGUCUAUUGGCUGAGAGGAGCAGCAGCCUACUGGCUUAG